AUGGACGACGGGCGCCGGCAGCGUGAUGUGACGUUCGGCGACGACUUCAUGGCGCUGCGGCCGGGGGAAGCCGGCGUGCGCAGCCUCCUCCACCUGCUGUGCUCCUGCAAGGUCGCCGGGAACGCGGCCGUGCGCUGCCCCGACGGCACGGAGGUGCCGCGGCGGUGGCACCGGUGGAUCAUCUUCGUCUCCCUCCUCGCGCAGGCGCUGCUGAGGUCGUCCAGGGGGCUCAUGGCCAGGGUCGGCCUCGCCGUCGAGUACUGGAUGAACCUCGUCAACGACAAUGGCGGCGGCGUCCUCUCGCUUGUCAGGAACGCUCUGCGUGGAAAGGUGAUAACUCCGGACAGAAAUUCUCCCAAAUAUCGAUCGUUCAUUGGACUUCUUGACAGUAGGAUGAAUCUUGACAAGAAGAUCAAGGCAGGGGAUAGCGAUUACCACGCAGCUCUCUGCAUCAUGGCAGCGAAAAUGGCCUAUGAGAAGGAACUUGUUAUCAAAGACGCCGUCGAAAACGAUUGGCAGAUGAAAUUCUUGGAGUUCUUCAACUGUUGGAAUGAAUUCCAAGAAGACAACACGACCCAGGCUUUCAUGUUCGCCGACAAGCCGGAGGACGCCGAGCUGGCGGUGGUGGCGUUCCGCGGCACGCAGCCGUUCGACAUGGAGCAGUGGUGCACGGACGUGGACAUCUCGUGGUACGAGAUCCCCGGGGUGGGCAAGGUCCACGGCGGCUUCAUGAAGGCGCUGGGGCUGCAGAGGAACGCCGGCGGCCAGAAGCCCGGCUGGCCGGCGGAGAUCGCGCAGACGACGCCGCCGGCGGGCGACGAGAAGGAGAAGAAGAAGAGCUUCGCCUACUACGCCGUCCGCGCCAGCCUGCGCAGGUUCCUCGCCGACAACCCGCGCGCCAGGUUCGUCGUCACGGGCCACAGCCUCGGCGGCGCGCUCGCGGUGCUGUUCCCGGUCAUCCUGGCGCUGCACGGCGAGUCCGCCAUGCUCGACCGGCUGGAGGCCGUGUACACGUACGGCCAGCCCCGCGUCGGCGACGCGCAGCUCGGCGCGUUCGCGGCGAGCCACCUGAGGAGGCGGUACUUCCGGUUCGUGUACUGCAACGACCUCGUGCCGCGGGUGCCCUACGACGACGCCGCCUUCCUCUUCAAGCACUUCGGCCGCUGCGUCUACUUCGACAGCCUGUACAGGGCGACGGCGAUGGAGGAGGAGCCGAACAAGAACUACUUCUCGCCGGCGUUCGCGGUGCCCAAGUACGCGAACGCGGCGUGGGAGCUGGCGCGAGGGUUCGCCAUCGGGUACGUGGAAGGGCCGGAGUACGCGGAGGGGUGGGCGAUGACGGCGGCGAGGGCGGUGGGGAUGGUGAUCCCCGGCUUGCCGCCGCACGCGCCGCAGGACUACGUGAACGCCACGAGGCUCGCCGGCGCGUCGCUUCGCAAGCUGCUGCUCUGAUCCCACCACGC